AUGGUAAAAACAUGCACACCUGAUCAUACUUGUGUCAUGAGUGAAAAAAUUGUUGCUUCUGCCAAGUGGAUUGCAGGAAAAAUAAUUGACCUAUUGAGGGCAUAUUUUACUAUUAAACUUGAUCUAUUAAGGAAUGAAUUGGCUAAGUAUGGUGUUUUUCCUACUGAUAUGCAGCUUUAUAGAGCAAAGCAAAAGGCACAGGACAUUAUUGAUGGUAGUCAUGGUGAUAGCUAUAGCUUGCUGCCUAAGUAUUGUGUCAUGAUUAUGAAUACAAAUCCUGGUAGUAUAGCUAAGAUUCAAUUUGAAAUGACUUUGGGAUCUAAUGUUCCUUCAGUUAAAAGAAUGUUUGUGGGGUUAGAUGCACUGAAGAAAGGAUUUUUUGAUAGUUGUCUUCCUUUCAUAGGAUUUGAUGGAUGUCACUUGAAAGGGCCGUAUGGAGGGGUUUUACUUUCUGCAAUUGGUUUGGAUAGAAAUAAUGGAUUGUAUCCUAUUGCUUAUGCCAUUGUUGAGAGUCAGAAUAAAGAAAGUUGGAUGUUUUUCUUUGAAUGGUUAGCUGCAAUGCUUGAUGACUUUCCAAGGGAUAAGCCUUGGACUUUCAUGACUGAUAGGCAAAAGGGACUGAUUGAAGCCAUUAACUCUAAGGUACCAUCGGCAGUGAAUAGAAAGUGUUGCAGACUUAAUGUACUUGCUAAUGAAUGUAGAAAGUGCACUAUACUAAUUGCAAGUGUUAACGAAUUCCAAGUGAAUGAUUGUAAUGUUUCUUACAUUGUGAACAUCAAUGAGAGAACAUGUGAUUGCAAGGUAUGGAGCUUGUCUGGAAUACCAUGCAAGCAUGCAACAGCUGUUCUUAUUAACAAGAGAGCAGAUUUGGAAAGUUAUUGUGCUUUUAGCAACACAAAAGAAUUUUACAUAAAAGCAUACAAAGAAGUCAUUCAUCCAAUCCCAAAUGUAAAGUUUUGGCCACCUAUUGAUGUGAAUCCUUCUAAAGUACUACCACAGCACUUAGAAGAAAAGCUGGUAGCCCAAGAAAGGCACGGAGAAGGGAGCAAGGAGAAGCACCAACUAUAG